CUGGUCCCACCUCCCCAUCGUGAAGGUGAGGAACCUCAGCUCCCUUCACCGUCGCCGGCAUCAGUUAAAUCAGCAUGCCCUCUUUCCCGUUGUUGGAAGCCAUCUGCAUUUUCCUGUUUGCUGGAGCGCCCCCAUCCCUCUCUCUUCAGGAAAUCCACGUAAGCAAGGAGAUUGUGGGGAAGAUUUCAGCCGCCAGCAAAAUGAUGUGGUGCUCGGCGGCGGUGGACAUCCUGUUUCUGAUAGAUGGCUCUCACAGCAUCGGCAAAGGGAGUUUUGAAAGGUCCAAGCACUUUGCCAUCACGGUCUGUGAUGCUCUGGAUGUCGACCCCGCAAGGGUCAGAGUGGGAGCCGUCCAGUUCGGUUCCACUCCUCGGCUGGAGUUCCCCUUGGAUGCAUUUUCAACCCAGCAGGAAGUGAAAGCAGAAAUCAAGAGGAUGGCCUUCAAAGGAGGGCGCACAGAGACAGGCCUUGCUCUGAAGUACCUUCUCCGCAAAGGGUUCCCUGGGGGCAGAAAUGCCUCUGUGCCCCAGGUCCUCCUCAUCGUCACCGACGGGAGGUCCCAAGGGCACGUGGCCGAGCCUGCCGAGCAGCUGAAGCAAAGGGACGUCACUGUGUUUGCCGUGGGGAUCCGCUUCCCCAGGUGGGAGGAGCUGCACAUUCUGGCCAGCGAGCCAACGGAGCAGCACGUGCUGAUGGCCGAGCAGGUGGAGGACGCCGCCAACGGCCUCUUCAGCAGCCUCAGCAGCUCUGCCAUCUGUACCGUCACCUCUCCAGACUGCAAGGUCCAGCCUCACCCCUGUGAGCGCAAGACGCUGGAGACGGUCAGGGAGCUUGCCGGCCACGCCCCAUGCUGGAGAGGAUCUCGGGGGACCGACGCUGUGCUGGCUGCACUCUGUCCCUUCUCCAGCUGGAAGAGAGUGUUCUUAUCUCACCCUGCCACCUGCUACAGGACUACCUGCCCAGGCCCCUGUGACUCGCAGCCAUGCCAGAAUGGAGGCACAUGUGUUCCAGAAGGACCGGACAGGUACCACUGCCUCUGCCCACCGGCCUUCAGAGGGGAGGCUGACUGCGCCCCGAAGCUGAGCGUGGAGUGCAGAGUGGACAUCCUCUUCCUGCUGGCCAGCUCGGCGGCCGCCACCCCAGAGGGCUUCCAGCGGGCCAAGGCCUUUGUGAAGCGGUUUGCACAGGCAGUGCUGGGCGAGGCGUCCCGGGCACGCGUGGGCGUGGCCCACUACAGCUCCAAGCUGGCAGUGGCUGUGCCCGUGGGUGAGUACCUGGGCGUGCCGGACCUGGUCCAGAGCCUCGACGGCAUGCCCUUCGGCGGCGGUCCCACCCUGACCGGCAGGGCCUUGCAGCAGGUGGCAGAGCGCGGCUUCGGGAGCGCCGCCUGGACAGGUCAGGACCGGCCCCGCAGGGUGGUGGUCCUGAUGACUGAGGCGCGCUCGCAGGACGAGGUGGCCGGCCCGGCACUUUUCGCGAGGGCCCGGGAGCUGCUCCUGCUGGGUGUGGGCAGUGAGGCUGUGCAGGCGGAGCUGGAGGAGAUCACGGGCAGCCCGGAGCGCGUCAUGGUCUACACCGGCCCACAGGACCUGUUCAACCAAAUCCCAAAGCUGCGGGGGCACCUGUGCAGCCAGCCACCCCCAGGCUGCCAGGCCCGGCCGCUGGACCUGGUCUUCAUGUUGGAUGCUUCGGCCUCAGUGGGGCCCGAGAACUUCGCCCGGAUGCAGAGUUUCCUGAGAAGCUGCACCCUCCAGUUUGACGUGAACCCCGACGUGAUGCAGAUGGGCCUGGUGGUGUAUGGCGGCCAGGUCCAGACAGCCUUCGGGCUGGACACACACACCACCCGCGCCACGGUGCUGCGGGCCCUGAGCCAGGCCCCCUACCUGGGUGGGGCGGGCUCGGCAGGCACAGCCUUGCUGCACAUCUAUGACAAGGUGAUGACGGUCCAGAUGGGCGCCCGGCCGGGUGUCCCCAAGGUUGUGAUAGUGGUCACGGGGGGGCAGGGGGUGGAGGACGCGGCUGUCCCUGCUGAGAAGCUGAGGGACAACGGCGUCUCUGUCUUGGUGGUGGGCGUGGGGCCUGUCCUGAGGGAGGCACUGCGGAGGCUCGCAGGUCCCCGGGACUCCCUGAUCCACGUGGCGGCCUACGAAGACCUGAGCCAUCACCAGGACACGCUCAUCGAGUGGAUAUGCAGAGAAGCCAAGCAGCCAGUUAAUCUCUGCAAACCCAGUCCGUGCAUGAACGAGGGCACCUGUAUCCUGCGUAACGGGAGCUACCGCUGCGAGUGCCGGGAUGGCCGGGAGGGCCCCCACUGCGAGAGCUGGUCCUUGAGAGGAGAUGCCCCGAAGGCACGGGGCUCCAGUGGAGAGCCUGAAGGAGGGCAGCGGCCCGGGCCCCCUGGGCACUGAAAGGAGUGUCCUGUCUCGGGGACCUCUAAGCGUCUGCCUCCAGCUCUGCCCGGAACCCUGCUGCCCACUUUCCCAACCCAGGAGGAAGGGAGGGCCCAGCUGCAGACAGUGCUGCCCAGGGAGCCAGUAGAGCCGCCCUCACCCCCUAACGAUGACCUUGACAGCUUUUCACGUGUAAGUAAAUGCUCUGCUGAGCUGGUUGUGCCCUGCUGAGCGGGCGACCUGCCGCCUCUCCUGAGGAGGAACAGAGGAACCCGGGGACUUCUGACGGCCUGUUUGAAGCUCCCUUUGCCCACAGCAAAUGCUAACUAGAACAUCACUGGGACAGUCACGCCCCAAGAGAAGGCAGUGACGAGAGGGUCACUCAGACCACUGACAGGAAGGGACGGGAUGGCGUUUCAAGAUGGAUCAAGCAUGGACCUUUCAACACAUCUUUGCCCAAAGAUGUCGUGGAUGCAGUCAUUUGCUUGAAAAGGGGCUUGAGUGGCAUAUCUGACUUGUUCUGGUGACAGGUUCCAUGUGGGAGAGAAGGAAAGGCCCCAGACUGGAAGGUGACUGAUUAACCAGCUAUUUGCCUGUGGGGGAGGGGCUGAGUGUGCAAACACCCCUGGUCUCCAGGGGCCCCGCGAGCUGGGCUUGGCCUUGGCAGCAUUCCCUUCCAGGGGCUUUGGAGAGUUUCCUUAGGAGAGCUCAUUGUGAGGGGUUUCUUGAGUGCUUGUCUUACUCCCUUUUUGUGGGGCAAGAAUCAGUAGAAUUCUUAAACUCAGUUAAUACAGAACAAGAAAAUUUAGGGAGAUUUUGCUUUUUUAGGCAUAGAUCGUAUGCUGUCUAGGUUUUAGUUUUGCUUCUUGUGCCUAUUUUUUAAAGACAUAUUUUAAGAAAUGUUUGUUAGGGAGUUCCUGU